UGUCACUACAUCUCUUUAUUUAUUAGUCUUUGUCCAAACCUCAGACAUUUAAAACAAGCAGGAGGGAAGGGAAUGGGUGUUCGGGCCGUGUUCGUCGUCCUGCUGCUGCUGGAGGCCACGGUAGAGGCUCACUCAGGAGAUGUAGCGUUCUGGAGGGAUAAAGUCACCCUCACCUGUCCAGGUAUUGCAACGUGGUUUGAAGGUGAGAAUAAAGUCAACUCCUCUACCAACUCCAACCUGACCCUGGAGUUUGAGUACAAGCGCCUCUCUCAGUACAGCUGUGAGUACGAGGAGCACGGCCUUGUCCGAAAAUGCCACUUCUUCGUGAAAGGAAAGGCAUGUCCUAACUGCUUUGAGGUGGAUGGGUUUCUAUUCAUGCUUGUGAUCAUGGUGGAUGUGAUCGGGACGGCAGUCCUGAUGAUGACCAUCUAUAAAUGCACCAAGAAGAGGAGGCCAGCUGGACCCCCUCCCCCUCCCAGAUUUCAUAUGCACAUGAGGCCUAACACCAACGGGAAGAACAAGACAUGUCUCAACAAAACAAGAUGA